AUGUGCCGCCAUCAUCGCAUCCCGAUGCGAAUUUCAUAUGGGAAUUGUAAGAAUGUUGGCCAAUUUAUAUGCACUAAAGGCAACUGUCGGGCACGCUCGAAAGUUUCUCGAGCUAAGGACACGUGGUUCGAAAACGUGAAGUUAUCGAUGCUGCGUGUCUACUUCUUAAUGUACGCCUUUGCCCACCGAUGGUCAUAUGACAAUGUAAUAUUUGAGGAUCCGGAGAGAGAUACGGAAGGCUGCCUCUCAAUGGCAACAAUAGCCGACUGGUAUAGCUACUGUCGUGAGACAGUAGUUAUAUACCAGAUAAAUGUACAAAAAAAUAUAGGUAAAAUUGGUGGCCCUGGCAAGGUGGUCCAAAUCGAUGAAAGCAAAUUUGGAAAGAGAAAAUAUAACAAAGGACGACACAUUGAAGGCCAUUGGGUCCUUGGACUUAUUGAAGAUGGGAGUGAAGACCUUCGGCUAGAAGUUUGCCCGGAGAAUGUGCGCUCAGCAGAAGUGUUGGUGCCCCUGAUCCAGAAGCAUGUGAUUGAGGGGUCAAUUAUACAUACGGACUGCUGGCGUGCAUAUGAUUGUCUGGGUUCUUAUGGAUACAUCCAUAAAAAGGUGAAUCACUCGGACCCAGACAAUCCUUUUGUUGCUCCAGAUGGAACUCAUACACAAAGGAUUGAGGCACAGUGGCGUGUCGUAAAAAAGUAUUAUAAACAUAACAUAAAUAACCCUAAAGAUUUUUCCGAUAGUAUUGUAGAAUAUAUGUGGAGACGAAGAAUACAAAGAAAUAAAAAAGAUUUAUUUUUAUCACUUAUAGAGGCCAUAAACUUUGUUUAUAAAUUUAAAUAA